CCAUAUAUACAUAAAUACAAAUAUGAAACUAUAAUCUCGAUCAUUGUGUGACGAUCGAAAAGAAUGAAGCUGAGUCCAAGGGAGGUGGAGAAACUAGUUCUGCAUGAUGCCGGAUUUUUAGCACAGAAGCGCCUUGCUCGAGGCUUGAUCCUCAAUUACACUGAAGCUGUAGCACUUAUUGCCGCUCAGAUUUUGGAGUUUGUUCGCGACGGCGAUGAGAGCGUGGCACAAUUGAUGGAUCUGGGGCGAAAAAUGUUAGGAAGGAGACAAGUUCUUCCAGUUGUUCCACAACUUUUGGAUUACGUGCAGGUUGAAGCAACUUUUCCCGAUGGGACUAAGUUAAUCACCGUUCAUAAGCCCAUUGAUUCAGAAAAUGGGGAUCUGGAGCUAGCUUUGCGGGGCUCUUUUCUUCCAGUACCUUCGGUAGAAAAGUUCCCUUUGGUGGAAAAUAGUCGAGUGCCUGGUGAGUUUGUGUGUGUUGAUGAAGAGAUUGCAAUUAAUGUUGGACGGAAAGCUGUAAUACUGCGUGUGAACAAUAAGGGAGACAGACCAAUUCAGGUUGGCAGCCACUACCACUUCAUUGAAACGAAUCCUUCCUUGGUUUUUGAUCGAUCGAAAGCUUAUGGCAUGCGCCUAAACAUAUUAGCAGGAUCAGCCACACGAUUUGAGCCAGGGGAUACGAGAUCUGUCACACUUGUAGCUAUUGGUGGUAACCAAGUUAUCAGAGGGGGAAAUGGCAUCGCAGAUGGUCCAGUUCAUCAUUCUAAGCUGAAGGAGGUGAUGGAAGCUGUGCAUGCAAGAGGAUUUGAGCAUUUGGAAGAGAAAAAUGCUAGGGAAGGCUUCACUGGAGAGGAUAAGGAUUGGGUAGAAUUCACCACCAGAGUUUCUCGUGAGGAUUAUGGGAACCGGUAUGGUCCUACUACAGGUGACAAAGUUCGACUCGGCGAUACAGAUUUAUAUGCUGAAAUCGAACACGAUUUCUGUGUUUAUGGUGAUGAGUGUGUAUUUGGAGGUGGGAAGGUGAUUAGAGAUGGAAUGGGGCAGUCCUGCGGGCAUCCACCAGCUUUGUCGCUCGACACUGUAAUAACGAAUGCAGUGAUCAUCGAUUAUAGCGGAAUUUUCAAGGCAGACAUUGGUAUCAAAGAUGGGUUCAUUGUUUCCCUGGGAAAAGCUGGGAACCCGGAUGUUAUGGAUGGCGUUUGCCCAAAUCUGAUUAUUGGGGCUAAUACUGAGGUUAUUGCUGGAGAAGGAUUGAUUGUUACUGCAGGGGCUAUAGAUUGUCAUGUGCACUACAUAUGCCCUCAAAUGGUAUAUGAAGCAAUAUCCAGUGGCAUUACGACAUUGGUGGGAGGUGGAACGGGGCCAGCAGAAGGAAGUUGUGCUACUACUUGCACCCCAUCCCCAGUACAGAUGAAGAUGAUGCUGCAAUCAACUGAUGAGCUUCCCGUGAAUUUUGGGUUUACAGGAAAGGGGAACAGUUCGGAGCCAGAUGAGAUACAUGAAAUCAUAAGGGCUGGAGCAAUGGGGCUGAAGCUUCAUGAAGAUUGGGGAGCCACUCCUGCUGCAAUUGACAAUUGCUUAGCUGUGGCAGAAAAAUAUGACAUUCAGGUGAAUAUUCACACCGACACCUUGAAUGAAUCUGGAUUUGUGGAACAAACCAUUGCUGCUUUUAAAGGAAGAACUAUACACACAUACCACAGUGAAGGAGCUGGAGGCGGUCAUGCUCCAGAUAUCAUCCGAGUGUGCGGUGUAAAAAAUGUGCUGCCUUCAUCAACAAAUCCUACACGACCAUUGACGUCUAAUACCAUAGAUGAACAUCUCGACAUGCUGAUGGUUUGCCAUCAUCUUGAUCGCAAUAUUAAAGAAGAUGUAGCUUUUGCUGAAUCGAGGAUAAGGGAGGGAACAAUUGCUGCUGAAGACGUUUUACACGAUUUGGGCGCAAUUAGUAUCAUAUCUUCUGAUUCACAGGCCAUGGGCCGUGUAGCAGAGGUGAUUAGCAGAACGUGGCAAACUGCACACAAAAUGAAGUUGGAAAUGGAAAUGGAAAGAGAACCGCUCGAUCCGAGGAAGGCAGACAACGACAACCAUCGGAUCAAGCGAUACAUAUCCAAAUAUACCAUAAAUCCCGCCAUAGCAAACGGGUUUUCUCACUACGUUGGUUCGGUAGAGAUAGGGAAGUUGGCGGAUCUUGUUGUGUGGAAGCCAGCUUUUUUUGGGGCAAAACCAGAGAAAGUGAUUAAAGGUGGUACAAUUGCAUGGGCCAACAUGGGCGAUCCAAAUGCUUCCAUUCCUACUCCUCAACCGGUACUGAUGAGGCCAAUGUAUGGUUCCAUGGGAAAGGCUGGAAGUGGGAACUCAAUUGCGUUCGUCAGCAAGGCUGCAUUUAACGCUGGAGUGAAGGAGAUGUACGGGCUGAAGAAGAGAGUUGAAGCAGUGGGGAACACUAGAAAACUAACUAAACUUGAUAUGAAAUGGAAUGAUGCCCUUCCAAACAUCCACGUGGAUCCCGAUACAUACCAGGUGAAUAUAGAUGGCCGAAUUCUUGCCUGCCCGCCCGCCCGUACUCUCCCACUCUCUCGGAAUUACUUCCUUUUCUAGACUUCAAUUCCCUGUCCGUUUCUCAAUAAUAAUAAUAAUCAUCGCCUCUUCAGUCCGUAUUUA